AUGGCUCUUAAGAUCAAUCUUCCUGAGACCAAGAUUGUGCUGCUGAACCUGUUGAUAUGUGUAGUAGUUUUCUACACUGUGUACUAUGUGGUCCUAAGCAUUUGUUUCACAGCAUUUAGGUUGGAAAUGUUGGACGGUUUGGCACCUUUUGAUUUUAAGAUAAAUCCCUCAUGGAUUAACCCAAAUUACAUAGUUCUCCUGGUUUCACUGGAGAUAACCUACUUUAUUUGUGGACUGCUGUUUGUCCUGAUUGUGGAAGAAUGGGUAUGGGAUUAUGCUAUAACAGUUACUGCUAUUCAUAUUAUCAUAACUGCAGCUGUUAUGUCUGAAUUCCCUCUGAUGUUGCACUGGUGGAUGGCUUUAGGAUCUGGCUUAAUUUUGAUGAUUUGUGGAGGACAGGUUUUAGCAUACUGCUUGUUCAAGGACAACUUCAUUUACCCAGUCCUGGAUGAUUUUUGA